AUGGCCUCUCCCAGCUGGGACGGGAGUCUCCGGGUUAGAGAGGCAGAAGCGGGUCUGGACGCCCUCGGCGGCGAGGGAGGAGACGCUUGAGCGGCCGUGAGUUUGGGACUGGACGCUGCACGGCUGGAUCAGCCUGCCUUUGCCGAGGGUGCUAAUGGCGGGCAGUGUGGACGAGGAGGCGCUGCACCAGCUGUACCUGUGGAUAGACAACAUCCCUCUGUCCCGGCCCAAGAGAAAUCUCUCCCGGGACUUCAGUGACGGAGUCCUGGUUGCAGAAGUCAUCAAGUUUUACUUCCCCAAGAUGGUGGAGAUGCACAAUUAUGUCCCUGCCAACUCUCUCCAGCAGAAGCUCAGCAACUGGGGUCACCUGAACAGGAAGGUGCUGAACAAGCUGAAUUUCUCGGUGCCGGAGGACGUGAUGCACCAGAUCGUGCAGUGCACCCCGGGCGUGGUGGAGCUGGUUCUCAUUCCACUGAGGCAGCGCCUGGAAGAGCGGCGGAGACGCAGGAAGCAGGGCUCGGGCUCCUUACAGGAGCUGGUUCCCCAGGAUGGCAGUGGCUACAUGGAUGUGGGUUUGUCCCAGAAGGCCCGAGGGGAAGGUGCCCAGGACCCCCAGGGAGGGGGGCAGCUCAGGGGGGGCCGGCAGCCGGUGCCCCGGCGUCCCGGGUAUAGCCAGAUGCAGCACGGGGACCCAAGCUUCAUCCUCCAGAUUGCUGAGAAGGAGCAGGAAUUGUUGGCCUCGCAGGAGACUGUGCAGGUCCUGCAGAUGAAGGUGCGGCGCUUGGAGCACCUGCUUCAGCUCAAGAACGUGCGCAUCGACGACCUCUCCCGCCGGCUCCAGCAAGCCGAACGGAAGCAGCGGAGAAUGGACCACUUUCCAGAACCCAGAAACCGUGUGCGGAGACCUGGUGUGUACCCCAAAGCAGUGAGAGACACCAGGGGCUCCACUUUGGAGCUCCCUGUGCUGGGCUUUGGGGGAUGGUCCCCCCACUGGGUGCGCACCACUAGAACCGGGUCCCCAUCCAGCUGUGAGAACAGUGAUGUCUCCAUCUAGGCUAGUUCUUUGUGCCCUGGGCCGUGGGGAAGCUGCUCCCGGCAGCUGAGAGAGUCCCUGGCCUCUCCUGGGUGCUCACCUGGGACCCAUCUGGAGGCUGGAGGAGGGCAGCUGCUGGAGAGGAAGGGAGGAGGAGUGGGUUCAACCAGGUGUGGGGAGGACCUCUGCUGUGCCUACACCGAAUCGCCCUCCCCUCCCAUUAGGUAUAGUUGAGAAUAUUUGGGGAAUAUGGGACAAGGCUGCCCCCAUUAAAAGCAUUGUGCUCUCUUUCUUGUGCUAACCUUCUCUCUCUGCCUGGAUCCUUGUGGGCAGUGAGGUCCUGCCUUCCUUUUGCUGCACCCUUCACCCCUUGAGGGCCUUUUACGCCCAGAAUGGGUCAUACCUUGUGGGCAGCUGGGCCCUGGGUGGCCACUGCUUUGUAGGUUGAUGAUACUACAUUGUUAAGUCUUUUGCACUAGGAGAGUCUGACUUCUAACUCUGGCCUUACUAGACUGACCCCCAAAUCCACCCUUACAGUCUCCUCCAACUAUGUCUAAAUCCAGAUUUCAGAUUCUCUCCAAAUGUAGCCACAUACUCACCCUAAACCAUGCCCAUGGACUGACUCCUAAAUGCGUCCUCUGUAUGACUCUCAACCCUGCUCACAGACUGAUCCCAAGUUUUAUGGACUGAAGACAAGCUUGACUCCCAACCCUGAGUAAGAUACCAUGGCCAUGGUGUGACCCUAACUCUGACCAGUAACAUUGAACAUUUGUAAAUCCUAAACCCCCUACAAUUCUGUUCCUAGGCAUAUAUGCAACAUAUACCCAGGAGAAACUUAAGCUUCGUGUUCUGUGUUCUGGGGCACAUGUAUAGCAAUGUUCAUAGCAAUACAUUUUGUAAUAGCAAAAGAAGUGAAAAUAACUUGUUUUUGUUAUCUGUUACUGUGUAAC